GUGCGUCUGCCAUGUUUUCUUGCUAGAAAGUUUUAGUGGAAAAUGGCAAGAGAUUUUGAGAAUUCUUCCUCUAGGAGAGACAGAAGUCCAUCUCCAAGACAUGAACACAGGAGAACUCGGUAUCCUCGUUCAAAAUCACGCUCAAAAUCGAGAAGUCGGAGCCGAAGCAGGGAAAGAAGCGGAAGCCGUGAACGUUUUCGGUACGUGCAUUGCUAUCUCAUUUAUAGUUUAACCUAUCACUCCUAAUUUUUGCAGAUUCUUCGUGAAUUCUACAGUAAUUUGUAGAAUUAUGGAGUGUAAAGAGAAACCAGAAUCCAGGCCACUUUGAAGCUGUGGCUUUGGGCGAGUGUCAUGAUAAAGUCUCGGGGUAUCCAAUCGAUGGAAUCGAUGAUCGGAAAACCAAUCGAUCAAUCGAUAUCAAUCGAUGAAAUUAGUUAACUGGUCUCGACUGGUAUCGGUCAAUCGAUGAUCAAUCAAUAACCACACAAAAAUUGUUCAUCGAUUGCUAUCAACUGGCACAGCAACCUUGAACAGACAUCACUCAUGCUACCUGUGAUGGGCUCCUGAUGCUACCUGAAGCCCUAGGGAUGAAAUUGGUAAAACAAUUCCGACCCAGUCUUCUCAACGCAAAGGAUAUACCCCGUUGCACAUGUACUCGAAUAACCCACUUGCCCAUCCUUGCCUUUCCAUUUCAUCCAGGGUAUUCAAUUGAUGGAAAUCGAUGAUUGGAAAACCAAUCAAUCAAUCGAUACCAAUCAAUAACCACACGAGUCUUCGCCAUUGAUUGGUCAUCGAUGAUAAAUAUUAAUCAAUUAAUUGAUAUCGAUUGUCAUUGAUUAUCGAUUUCAUCAAUUGAAUACCCCGAGUAAAGUGCAUGAUCAUGCGUUCAUUCCGAAUGUUUGUUUUGUCAAGACUGUUUACAUAUAGGGAUGAAAUACCAGCUGAGAUCUUGCGCGAAAACAUGAUAUCUUCACAUGUGAAAAGAUCACCGUUACUAUGACUACAUAAAAAAUUGCUUCUUUACCAAGAAAAACCUAUUAAAGUCUUGUUCACUGUGUGCUGUAAUGGUGUGUGACUGCCAUCUUGAAUCACCUAACAUCUUUCAUACAUGUAGGUUCAUAUAUUGAGUACUCACCUCAGACCAUUUUGGAAAGUGGUUCUUACUUGUUAUUCAUUCUGUGUGGUCUUCAUUGACAUAAUUAGAUUUAUCCCUAUUUUUUAAAAGAAGGGGCCCUGGAGCUCCCCAAGUAAAAAACCUGGUAAAGACACUGAAACCGCUGUAACAACAUCAGCUGCAUUAGCAUUUCAGCAAGAUGUUAUUAUUAUAAUUUAUUUUGUCAGGCAUCACAGACACAAGAGAAGACUCACCCCAGAGAGCUUUAUGGACAAGUAAGUUAAUUCUCUUUUAUUUUCCCACUACUUUUUCUAUAAUUUGAAAUUAAUUAAAAUAAUAAUAAGGACAUGUAACAUAUCAGUUUGGACAUUGUCCUUUAAACUUUUUCUCCCUUCCUUCCUUGUUGGGUGGUUAUCCACUGGCUCAAGUUACAUGUAGGACCACUUUGAAUGCUGAGCAUAUCGAACAUACAGGUCAGAGCAAACACAUGUGCUAGCUGCAACACCGUGGCAAAACGCACUCUGCAUGAGCACAAAAUUUAACAUCCGGUCAGCUUUUUAUUUCUGGUCUAGUAUAUAAACCAAUUGCGUAAGCAAAACAUUGCCGUCGCGCCAAGUUUAAAAGCAAAAAGGGAAAAACAGACAAGAAAGGGGGCGAAAAAAAUCACGUCAGUUGAUAGCUCAUAUAUAUUUCUAGUGUCAAACUUUUGCACCACGUGGUUAUCUGGUUGCACCAACUAGUCAAGGCCGGACUUGAACGCGAAGAGUCUCUUUGUUUCAAGUCCAAUGCCUUAAUCUCAUGGCCAUGAUCACAACACCUACCAAAUGUUUCUCUUGUUUUUUCACAGGCGUAGGAAAGCACGUGAAGCAAUCAGUGCUUCAGGAGUCAUUGAAGUUUGGGGUCUCUCUCCUAGAGAAGCACCUCCUGAGUAAGUAGAGUUUAAUCUCUUCUUUACAAGAAUAAGCAGUUACAGUCAACUACAUGUAUUUUCGAGAGGAAUCCAACUCUAGGAACACAGAUCUUCUGAACAGGGCUCCACCUUUGGGAUUAACAUCCUCCUACUACUCCCCCCUCCCUUCUUUAGUUUCUUGUGCAUGUGCUGAAUUUUUUAAGGUUAAUAUACACUGAGUGUAUACUUUUAUACCGGAGCUCCACGCGCCUAAGGAAAUGUGAUAAUCUACCUAUCCGAGAAAAUUUGGUAAUCACGUGACUGUACACCGAGCGAGCAACCGCUCGCACCACUGGCAUACCAAUGUAAAAUAACUCAAUCAACAGGUAUGGCAACCCAAAUGCAACUCAAGGUUUUAUUUGGAAGGAAAUCACAUGGCCGCCCAGACUUUUAGAAAGAAAAAACAAAAACAAAGUCGUGGCUUUCUCGGCGUUAUUUUUUAUGUUUACAUUAACGUGGAUAACAGAGAAAGAGCUAGAGCGAGUUAUUGAAAACAAAGGAGACAAAUUUUGUAGGAAUAAAAACAUGGAAAUUCAAAGCGGCGGUGAGAAAAUGAGAAAUGCUAGCGGCCAGCAAGGUGAAAAUGGCCGGCAGUGAAAAAUAAAAGCAAAGAUGAACACAGGAAACAAAAUAUUGGGUAAGCACAUACGAUAAUUCCUCCAUAAAAAUAAUGUGUAACUAGGAAUUUUGACGUUUUAGUCGUACAAAACAGCGUUGUAGUCGUGCAAAAUAGCAGCAAGGGAAAGACAAAAAAGCAUGCUGCAUGUGCAAAUUUGUUUUUUGCUAAUUAGAAGAAAAAGUGUGCUGCACGUGCAAUUUGUUUUUUUGCUAAUUGGAUCUAUUAGUCUUGAAGCCAUUUUCAUUGUCGUCCCCGUUUAGCAUUACACGAUUUAACUUUUUUUGUUUACAAAUAUUAUUAACCAGAGCUUCACUUUUAGCCCUGACAAAGUCUGUAUAUUAUCUUUUGCAAAAGGUUCUAAAAGUUCAGGCCUGGCACUAAGGGCAACAGGAUUUUCUGUGGCUACUAUUAUCAUGAGCCUUUGCUAUUUUCACAGGAGGGAAAAGGAAAAUAAAACCAAAAGAAAUUCCAAACCAUGCAAUUCAGGGCUGCCUACCAAUAAAAUACUUGCUUAUACCCAGCAACUUGAAAUCUUGGUGACAGCCUGGAAAUUUACAUUUAUGAGUUCCUAUAAUUAUUAACAAUUAAUGAAUGAGGUUGAGUAUCUUAUGAAGAAUUAUGGAGAUCGAGGAGGGUGUUACUGCAUCGACGGAUAACACUGAACUGUAUUUGAAACUUUAUUUGAAAAUUCUUGGAGGCCAUGUCUAGAAACUUUACUUUGACUAAGCUCCCCCUCUCUAUCCACUCCUUACUGCUUGCCAUAGAAUUUCUGCUUCAGUUUAAUACAUGUACAUGUAAGCUGAAAAAAACUCUUAUUCACGCAUAAUAUUGUCAAAUUUUAUUGGCAGCUCUGAUGAAGAGAUGAGAACUGCAGUAUCAAAUGGAAUAAAGAAUAAACGUGAGUACAUUUGACCUUACCUUGUUGAUUGAAGAAUGGCAAUCAUACUGACUGGUGUCUUAACAAAAUAAACAAAGCUUCGUUAAAGCGCAUUGGAACUAAGGUCUGGCCAGCUUCUGUAACAGGGGAAAAAUUUUUUAUAGCAUCAUUUGUGGCUACAUUUGAGCUUGCCUUUUCAAAUAAGGGGAAAAGUAAAACUGAGUGGGUGAUGUUGUUGUCACAUGAUGUCAUGGCAGCCAUAUUGAUGUACCAAAACAAUGAAAGGUGACCAUGUUGGAGACCAUUAUGUCUGUGGGAUUGAUUUCUUCUCUUCUGCAAAAAGCUUCUUUCUUUUCUAAGAAAGUUGCUUAUCCGUGCCGCAAAAAAUUUGUCGUGUCUCCUUGACAAAUCACGAGUACAAUGUGAACCAAAACAUGGAACCUUACAGUACACUGCAUUUAGUUUUUGAUUGAUGUGCUUCGUACUGUGUCCUGAACACAGUUGCCGAACGAAACUUGAGAUUAACCCUUUAAGUCCCAAUGGUGACCAACAUCCAUUUUCUCCUAACAAUAUCCAUAGAUUGUCAAGAGAUUAGGUUAUGAUAGUUGAUAAAAUGAUCAUCUAAGAGAAAAUGCUUUGAUCUUUUAUCAAAUUCUCCACACAUUCUUUAAGGAAAUAUAUAGAGAUCAGUUUGGAGAAUUUGUAUGCGGAUAUUGGGGCUUAAAGGGUUAAGUGCUAGUUUUCUGCAAAGGAUUCUUCCUUGCUCUUUUUGUUUCAUGUUUUUUUUUUGUCAGUCCAUCUCCGAUUGAGUUAUUGGUCAUAACAUGCAAGAAGAUCCUCCAUAAUUGUGGAAAUGGUUGCAAAUAAUUUGCUCCUUAUUCUACGGGACCUUCCAGAUGGUCUUUGAUCCAAAAUUGGACAUUAUAGGAGUACUGAUUGAGGAUUGAAAUCCUCACCUGAGAUAUGAAAUGACCCAGUCAUUUAUUUCCCUGUAUGAAACUCGUGCUGGUGUGUGUUUUCUCAUGUAAACACCCCCUAAUGUUCCUUUCAUUCCAAUCCGUGAGUGAAUGAUGGAGACUUGUAAGGUGGUUCUACAGUCAACUUUUGAGUCUGCAGAUGAAAUCCUAUGGAAUGACAAUGCAAUUGAAACCUUUUCAGCAAUAAGUUUGUCAUGGUACACUGUGUUCUUUUGUUUUUCUUUUUUUUCCUUUGGAAAUUGUGUUGAAAUUUGACUCUGGUCACAAUUGGGAUUGAAAUGGUAAAGACACUCAGGACAAGCUCAAGUGAUGUUGUAUUUUUGUAUCAGGGCAGAGAGGCCAAAAACCACACCCUGUGUAGCAACUUGUUCCCUUUUUAGCUCUACCCUCAGCUGAUACUUUUAUUACAUGUACAUUGACACUCGUUACAUGUAGGUGUUUUAGCCGAUAGUGAAAGUGAAGAUGAGAGCAGCGAAGAUGAAAAAAGGAGAAAAAAGGAGAAGAGGUCCAGCAAGAAAAAGAAAAGAAAAUCACGUCAUAAGAAGAAAAGGUGACAAUAAGUUUAAUGAUUUAAAUUAUUACCUAAUUCAUACAAUGUCUAGAUGCUUUGAUCCAAACUAUCAGAGGUCAGUUGGAAAGUUAGAUACACUGUAUAAGUCUCAUAAAAUGCACAUUUUUAAUGCGACUUGGGCCGAAACAAAUCUGUAGACUUACCCACAGGGUGUAAAAUGCGAGGUUAAGUAAGUCAAACUAAAACUUUGAGAAGUCCACCAGAAAGACUCAGUGCCUGGCAUGCUGAUUUACAAUGUUGGGAUGCAUAGAGAGCCCGGGGGUGUGGGUACUUUAGGAAUUUCUGGGUGGGGAUGUGCCGCUGGGACCCUGGAACCCUUAACCUAUACUAGAGCUAGUUAACCUACAUUUUGCUACCCGAUACUAGAGUAAACUCCCCAAAUCCCCCCUAUCCUAGAGUAGCUGUUUCCCUAGUCUAGAUAAAAUCUUCAACCAACUGAUCAGUUUCCUGAAAAAUGAUACCCUUUUCUAGACCCAAAAUUUAAUGUUCUGAUUUAUAUACCCAAUCUUAGAGUAAACUGCUUGAAAACCAUACCCUUCACAGUGGCACAUACCUAUAUAGCCCAUAUAUGGCAGUACCCCCCCCCGCCCCCCGGAUGUAGAGUCAGUUGUACAGCUUGCCAUUUGGGCAAGCUGUAAUUUACAAACUGUACUAUAGCAUGUACUAGCCCAAGAGUCAUUUUAACCAGCCUGAAAAAAAAUUUGAUUAGCAGGAUUGAUUACAGUUCUUCUGAAUUUUAACUUCAAAAUCCUGAUAGCAAAAUCCUGAUAGCAAAAUCCACUAGCCCUGGGCUAAUCGGACAUGCCUUUCUUUGCACGCUGAAUCUGUGGUUCCAAAAAGUAUCCAUACUCACCCGCUGGCACUCAUUGGAAUUUACGAGGGGUAGCAGUCUCAUACACUAGCGUUUUUAAAGAAAAUGAUGACCCUAUUGAAGUGGAAUUUCUCGAGGGGAAUGGGUAGGGGUCAAACCAUUAAACCCUGUAGGUGAGAGUAUGGAUAUUUUCUGGACCAACUUAUUGUAACAUACUGGUAAUAUUGGAAAAAGUAGUUGAGCGCUUUUGUUUUAUGUUUCGUGAUACAUUGUAUUAUUUUUAUCUUUCCAGCAAAAAGCAUCGCAAAAGGAAGACGAGGCAUAAGUCAAGCUCGGAAAGUGAAGAUGAAUCUGAAGGUAUUCAGUGUGGUAUUCGUUCCGCCCAGACGACAGUCGAUUCACCCGAUGACAAAUAACACUUUACAACACAGCGUAUCAGAAAUGUUUUUUAGUUAAGCUUGGAUUCCACUACUGCGAUUGCUAAAAAGAGUCAAGCGAUCUCGAUGAUCACAUUCGAGAAAUACUAUAAGAUUGUAAAUAAAACUUAACUCUAAAUGUACCGCCUCAGCGAUCGCAACGAUCGCUUAACGUCGAUCUUUGAUAUAUUUUGUGUGAUGUGUAGUCACUGUAGUUCACGCUUAUUCCAUUUUUUCAAAUAAAAAUCUGGCGAAUCGACUUACAUCCGGGCGAAACGACCUGCUACCUUUAGUUAGAGGUUUUUUAAAAUAACUGUAUAACAAAAUGGCAACGUUGUUGCAGCCCCAUCGUUUGUUGGGGACGCGAAUUUUAUGUCAUCAAUUUAGAAAACGUUCAUAUGCCCUAUUCACUUUAACAUACACAUACAAAAUAUAUGUUUCAAACAAAUUUUCUUACUUGAAAAUAAUGUGAACUGCGGGCUUACAGUAUACUGCAGCGCUGACGCAGAGACCAUGGGUUCGAAUCCCGUGGAAGUCUCGAAAUGUUUUCGGUUUUAUUUGCAAUUGCUUGAAUAGCAAUUACCACAGUGACGAUCAUAUCUUCAAUUUAAAUUUUCUUACUCUUUCUUAAUGCAUAUAGGAUUUGAUUUCAUGAGGAAAUUUCCCUCAGCACACUGCAACACAUCAUAGCCAGUUUUAGAACCCGUUUCGUGCAGGUCUGUACUUUUUAAGGGAGGUACUUAUUGCAGCAAAAAGUUGUAACCUUAUUUAUCGGAGUUAGAAAUUGUAAAAUCUUUAAAAAAAUCAUUGAGCUAUGGUGAUUUACUCGACGGUCUUUUGGUGUCUUUUUCUACACAGAAGGAGAUGCUGAUGUCGAGUGGCAAGAGGCCUGGAUUGAAAAGAAGAAAGGUUGGUAUCGUAAGUGUAGUUGUACAAUGGACUUUGUAAGCAUUUGUAUCCUUUCCUCCGACUUAAAGUUUAAAAUGACAAGGAAUUUAUUUGUCAGAGAAUUCUAAUUUUAACGCCACAGACUAGAGUUUGCAACAUCUUUAAAUACAUAAAGCCUUUGUCAUUCACCACUUUCACAUUGCCCAUAAUACACCUUUCUUACCCCACCCCCACCCCCCCCCCUCCGCAAAAAAAGUUUGCAUACGACUUAUUGUUUUCAAUCUCUCCUCAGUAUUAGUCGUCCCAAGGGAAGAUAAAGGCAAUGCUUUUUUGGGGGGUAGGGGUAAACAAGGUGUAUUAUAGGCAAUGUGAUAUAAUGGUGAAUUCUGAAGCUCAGCGCGGAGGGCAGUUGCUUACAACGACUGUCGUUCUGUCAAACUCUUUCUUUUAACACCAGACAUUUUCAAUUACGUCCCUGAUGAAGGAUAAGGGUGAAAAGGGCGAGUUUUUCGCCCCCUUCCAAACAGAAGGCCUUUUUACAGAUCAAUUCUGAAGUUGCUUUAAAUGGGAAAGCUUUAUUCGUGGCACGCACUGCUCAGUUUAUAUUUAUUUGACUGUUUGAUUCUUAGACCAACUCAAAGAAGCUGAUAAUGGCGUUAUAGGACCUGUACCACUGGUACAAGAUGCAGCAAAUCAGGAUAUCAGAGAGUAAGGGCAAUUUAAAUUUAAAACUAACGCGAUUUAGAGGGAGUGACUCUCGGCCGUUUAGAUCAUCAUGCGUUUCUGGGGAACUGCCCAUCUGCCCUAAGUGAGAAGUAAGUGUUAAUGUUGGCUUAGGAGAGGGGUAGGUGGGCAGUUUCCCAGAAAUGUGUAAUGACCCUUAUCGGAUCAUCAUACGUAUAUCUUCGCUCACUUUUAACGUAUCGCCUUUAAACUUGGUAAACUUGGGGAGUUUCCUAAUUUUAAGGUGCUAUUUCCAGCAGUGUCAAUGGAUAUUCGCCGACUAGUCUUAAACAAAACUCGAAAAAACCUUAGGGGUAAAGGUGUAUCAGAAUGUGCUUCACCAAGUCGCGUAAUUUCAAAGACGUUUUUACGGUGGGCAAAUGGAUGUGAAAGAAAUGUGUCUUAACACGAACCCAGCUACUUUGUGCUUUGUAACAAGCGGACAGAGACAGACUGAAAACGGUCGAGAAAAAAUGGUGACGUAAUGUUGUGAGACUGAGGCCUACUAGAGCUCUGUGCUAUUCUCCCAUCUUACGCGGCGCAGGGUAAACACAAAACCUUCUUUAUUCGUCCAGUCUUCGGUAACGAGCCUGCGAUCUCUGCCCCACAGACCACUAAUUAAAACCAAACUAACCCUACAGAAUGAGCUGACACUGUUGUUUUGCUUUUCGCUUAACUUGUUCCUUUGUUAUCAGCUUUGGUGGUGCGCUGUUGCCCGGUGAAGGUGAAGCUAUGGCCCAGUAUGUCAAGGAGGGUAAAAGAAUUCCUCGUCGUGGUGAAAUUGGCCUCACCAGUGAUGAAAUUGCCACUUUUGAAUCUUCUGGCUUCGUUAUGAGCGGAAGCAGGUAUGAAUCCUUGUUUUGUGUUAGGCAUAUAAGACCUUUAUAUAAAUAAUUAAUACGUUUCUGUUUAAAACCCAAAUAUUUUCUCCGUAUUUUGGCGUUGUGCCCUCACAAAAAAAAUUACAAACAGACGUUUUCGAAAACGCUAGAAAUUUUCUGGGUUUUUUUUAUUACUUUAAUGUUGACGGGUAAAAAGAAAGGUUCUCGAAAACGCCGACAUAACUACUCAUACGCUACAUGCUAAUUUUAACAAGGGAACAGACGAGAGCGAAGCGUUUCUGACGAAAAGAAGCUCAAUAUUUGGAAAAAAUGAACAGAUAGUACAUUAACUGGUAUUUUUUACAACCUUGCCCAUGUUCCACUUACUAGAAAAUGAGAACUUAGCAAAAAAAGAAUAACAAACGCCUUGGACUUUAGUCCGCGAAGAGCACAUGUCGGAGCAAACGAAAACGUACCGUCAGAUGUGCGUUUUUAAUGGCUGAUUGUGGACGGAGACGGUUUUUAAGCAUUAUGACGAUCAUGGCAACGGAAAAGUCACAUUAUGCUCGGAAAUAAUCGUGUCCAUGAUUAUUUUGACGGUGUAAAUUGAGCUUAAACCUCGGCCACAAUUUUAAUUUCUUAAUUAUGUAAUGUUUUAAGACAGGUUUCUUCGAUUAUCAUCAUUAUUGUCAUUUUGUAUGAAUGGAUGUAUGUAUUUAUUUUAUUUUCUAUUCUCUCUUAAGACAUCGUCGUAUGGAAGCCGUCCGUCUGAGAAAAGAAAACCAGAUUUAUAGCGCUGAUGAGAAGUAAGUUAUUUUGUGUCUAUUUACCCUUUUAAAAAAUUUGUUUGUCGCAUACAGGUAUAUACGACGUGCAGUUAAGCAUCACUUUAGACGAUGCGUUUAUGAGUUUACAGUUGUACUUGUAGUCCAGGUAAAACCGCAAAAUAAGGGCAAUUUUGUGAAAGCUACUACCGUGCGGUAUAGCUAUUUGAUAAUGUACAGGUGGUUCUAACUUUUUUAUCUGUGUACGAAAUACUUGAGUGUGACCAUUCAAAUGAAAGCUACUGAUCGUUACCUUCCUUUGUUGCUUUUUAUUAUGCUGUACAUGGUGGUUCUCAUUUUUCCAAAUUUUGGAGUGUGUGGAUGAAAUCCUGUAGAGUGUCCAUUCAAAUAAAAGCUACUGAGUAGUACUUACCUCUGGUGCUAUGUUUUAUGCUGCACGCGGAAGUUCUAACUUUUCAAGUCUCUGGACGAUAUACUAAAGUGUGACCAUUCCGUGAAAGCUACCUAGCAGUCCUUUCUGAUGUUUCCAUUUUUAUCAAGCUUUGAAUACAAAAUGGUAAGGAAUAUUGAUUUCUCAUUUCCUUAUCUUUUUCUCCUAGACGAGCAUUGGCCAUGUUUAAUUACGAAGAAAGAUCAAAGAGAGAGAACAAGAUAUUAUCCGACUUCCGAGAGAUGAUUCACCAAAAAAUCAACAACAAGAAAUGAACUGUAAACCAUAAUUUUCCAUUCGCUCACCUUCUGUCAUCUCCCAUCCUGCAUAUUGA